AUGGGACGGCGCGGAGGAGCAUGUUGCGGAGACAACUUUGGACUGAACUAUAAAAGCCCAGCUCACUUCUUCACAAGUCAGUGGCCCUUCCCGCCAUGGCUCUAUCUCGUCUACAGCAUCAUCGCCAUGAUCUACAUCCCUGCCUGGUUGAUUGCUGAAGGUGUGGUCAACUUCUGGUUGCAUUAUCCCGGGAAACCGGCGACCCAGGCAAAGUUCUUCAUCUACUUCACUAACUGGUCAUACCUGGUCUUGUCCCUCGUCACCAUAGCCAGGGGCGUAGGGGUAUGCUGGUACUACAGGAAGAGUCAAAGCCAUGGUAUCCAAGAUGAUGAGGUCUUCCAUGGCGGGCGGAUGCCGACAGUCAUCAAGAUCAUCUGGGUGUUUAACAACAUGGCACUCGGGUCGCAGGUUACUAUGGCUAUUGCGUUCUCCAUAUAUGCAUUUGGGCUGGGCAUGGGGAGUCUCGACAGGGAGGUGCCGUUGUCAGAUCCCAUGAAAAUCCAUGUGCACGGAAUCGGUGCCUUGUACAUCCUGACCAACAUGCUUCUCUCAGCGGUACCCGUCAGGAUAGGCCAUUUCUUCCAUGUGAUCCUUUUCGUAUCCGUAUAUGGUAUCUUCAACCUCGCCUAUGAGCUCCUUGGCGGUACAAACAAGACAGGGGGUGCCGGAGUCUACUCGGCCUUGGACUGGAACAAGCAGCCCCUGAGUACCCUGCUUGCCCUUGUGGCAUUAUGUGCCGUUUCAAUCGUGUGGUUCGUCCUCUUUGGGUUAUAUCGUCUAAGGGUGUUCAUUCACGAGAAAUGGUUUGCCAAGAAGUCUGGGUAUACAGUUAUUGAGAUGGAUUAAAGGAUUCUUGAGACUUUUUCAAACUUAAAAUCGCGACCGGACCAUCAGUUUCUUCUGUGUAGAGGGCUGGCUAACUUGUUUUUUUU